AUGCCAUCUACUUACGAGGAGUUAUUUCUCCCCAAAGCUCAUGAUAGUAACGAACAUGAAAUGGAUCUUUCCAUUGGCAAUAUUUCCGACCAUUCAACACAAUUCACUCUCUUUGAUAUUGGUCUGAUUAAACUCGCUGAAGAAGUUGCUUCAUUUGUACUUGCUCAUGGAAAGGCAAAGUCGACCAAAGUACUUUUCAAAUUAUUCCAAAGUAUUCAGAAUAAGAGUGAUCAGGAACAAUUGGCAAGUACUUUUAUCCAACUUCAACAACAAACGAAACAUGAAAUGAGUACUAGUAACACGAGUAAUGGCACUACACCAUCAAAAGAAGUAUCUGCAAAUUCAGUGUCGCCCGUAGUGUCACUGCAAAAUAUAAAGAAAAAACAACAAUCAAGUGUGAAUAAGCGAAAACAACCAUCAACAUCAAGUUCUAGUAGUAGGUCUGACGAUGAAUCAGACCCUAAUGAAGAUGGAACUGGUUCUUUUGAAGAAGAAGAGGAAGAAAGUGCAACUCCAUCCAAAAAACAAAAGAAAUCUCGUCAAAAGAAAGAAAAAUCAAAAAAGUCGUCCAGACGAGGCGAUAAACGGUCAGUGAUUGAAGAUGCUAGUGAGGAUGAAUCCAUGGAAGGAGAUGAAGAUGGAAAGAAAAGAAGAGCUUCAGGUGGAAAACGAGCACCUCCUCAAAAAACUAAUGAAGAUAAGGAGAAAUAUUGGUCAACACAUUUUCAGACCAUGUUCUCAAAAUCUUUACCAGAAAAUUUCACAACAGAACAAUUCAAACAAUCGCUCUCAGAAAAGAAUUCAGAGCCAGCCUUUGUGACAUAUGGAUUUUUAACCAAGAGUCAAACAGAAUCCGUGAAAAAGUCAACGUUUAAAUUCUUUAAAACCUAUCCAAGAUUGUUUUAUUUGAUGAGCUACACACCUCUGAUUCAGUAUGGAGCAGCUGUGGCGUCAGAGUGGCUUGAAAGCCAUCCAGCAUAUAAGGCGCAAUUUAUGAACCUACCAACCCAAUAUUUAACAAUAGAUAAGCUAUUUCCAGGAUUGGCAGACAAGUAUCUUGAUUAA